UUACAGUUCAGAGCAGCUGCAGGAAGGCUUCCAGCUGCAUCUGUUGGGACGGUCUCACUGAUCAAUCAACAACUAUGUCUAACAAACCAGAUGCGGCUCAAACUGAGAAAUUCGACAAGUCGAAGUUGAAGAAGAUAGAAACACAAGAGAAAAACCCACUGCCUUCAAAAGAAACAAUUGAACAGGAGAAGCAAGUGGGUGAAUUGUAAUGAAAUGGGCCCUUCCAAAUUACGCACUGUAAAUUCCACAAGCAUUCCCUUCUUGUUUUACUUCUUUUAGCUGUUUUAAACUUUGUAAGGUGCAAAGAGCUGGAUAAAGUUUAAAUGACUGUACUGCCCCCUUCACAUCC